AUGGAAACUCAGGAAAUACCAAAUAUCGACAAUAACGACAAUAACGAAAAUGAAGAAACAAAUGAUACUAGCGAUAAAGCUAAAGUAAUUGGUGAAAAUAGCAAUGAUGCAAAAGUUAUUGAUGAAAAUAAUAAUAAAAACGUAACUGAGGAUAUUGACGGAGAAGCUGUUGAGGACCAAACUAAUGCGGUUGAAGGACAAGGGACCGUUACUGUUUAUCGUGUUGAACGUGCAGUGCAAAAAUAUAAAACUACUAAAAAGUUUGAUGGUACAACAAACCAAAUUUUAAGUUCUUAUCUUCAUUUUGGUGGCAUCGCUGAAGAUACAACAUUAAGUUUUUCAGAGGAUGAUCCAAUGAUACCUAAUGAUAUGGAAGUAGACUUUACAUAUAACGUCAAAGUCUAUUUAUCAAGCUACAUUAUGAAUGAAACUGGAUAUGUAAAAGAAGAUGCAUUUCGAGAAGCACCUAUAGUUAUCGAAUCAUUCUUGAAUUAUUUGGUCAGAAGACAAGUAUGUCCUGAAUACUUAGAGGAUAUGCAACAGGCAAUAAAUGUUGCUCAAUUAGCCAAAGUAGAACUUUUAAAUUGUAAAUUGUUGACACAGGAUGCUUCUGGAAAGUUCAAUAAAGCAUGUUCAUUGCUAUUUGGUGGUGAGUUAUAUGGAAGGUUUGAUAAUCCUUACCCUAGCGAAGAAAGCUUGGCUACAUUAUUUGGAAUUCAUCCAGAAGAAGCUGAACAAAUUGUGAAAAAAUUUUUUGGUGAUAAUACUCUAAAUGAAUUAACGGAAGUGAAGGAAGCCCGUAAAUCAGGGCUAACUGUAGAGAUUAUUAAAGUUAAUGAACUACCAGAGUCAACAACAAAUGAUACAACAAAUAAUACAGAGGAUGAUGAAAAUGAUGAUGCUUGGUUACGUUCUUACUAUAUUCGUGAAUUUGAAGUUCGUGAGUCUGAAGCUCCUGACGCAGAACCAUUUACUAUCGCUGUUGGUCCAGAACUUGCUCCUUAUCCAAUGGUCGGGAUGCUUAUUAAAGCCGACUUUCAUCAAUUGUCAAAUGGUUUUUGGUAUUGGGAUAAUACUAUUUAUGUAUAUCCUUCUUAUUACACAAAACCAGAAGAUUCUGAUACUGACGAAUAA